AAAGCUGGCGAGAGAAUUUUCUAGAAGAAGCGGGGGUUGCUCUUUCGCCAUUACCAUCGAGCCGUCGUCCGGUGUGCAUGCGGGGAGAGUUGUCCUUCCGUAUAUAACAUUCUAGCAUCUCGGAGGUCGGUGUGGCCGGACAACAUGGAGAGGGAAAAGGAGCAGUUCAGGAAGCUUUUCAUUGGAGGACUCAGCUUUGAAACGACAGAAGAGAGUCUGAGGAAAUACUACGAACAAUGGGGGAAGCUGACAGACUGUGUGGUCAUGAGGGACCCUCAAAGCAAAAGAUCCAGAGGUUUUGGAUUUGUAACCUUUUCAUCCAUGAAUGAAGUGGAUGCAGCAAUGUCGGCUCGCCCACAUUCUAUUGACGGUAGAGUUGUGGAGCCGAAGCGUGCUGUAGCCAGAGAGGAAUCUGCUAAGCCUGGUGCCCAUGUUACAGUUAAGAAACUCUUUGUUGGUGGUAUCAAGGAAGAUACAGAAGAGCAUCACCUUAGGGAAUACUUUCAGGAAUAUGGAAAGAUUGACAGCAUAGAAAUCAUCACAGACAAACAAUCUGGCAAAAAGAGGGGCUUUGGUUUCGUAACAUUUGAUGACCAUGAUCCAGUUGACAAAAUUGUUUUGCAAAAAUAUCACACUAUAAAUGGACACAAUGCAGAAGUCAGAAAAGCUUUAUCAAGACAAGAAAUGCAUGAAGUACAGAGCACAAGGAGUACCAGAGGAGGCAACUUUGGCUUCAGUGAUUCACGUGGUGGUGGUGGUAACUUUGGACCAGGACCUGGAAGCAACUUCAGAGGAGGCUCAGAUAGCUAUGGUGGUGGACGAGGUUAUGGGGAUGGAUACAACGGAUAUGGUGGAGGCCAAGGAGGUGGAAACUUUGGAGGUGGACCUGGCGGUUAUGGUGGUGGCCGUGGUGGUUAUGGUGGUGGUCCUGGUUAUGGCAAUCAAGGUGGUGGAUAUGGUGGCGGAUAUGACAACUAUGGAGGAGUGAACUCUUCAAAUGAAUCUGUUGCUACAGGUAACUAUGGAGGAGGAGGAAACUACAAUGAAUUUGGAAACUACAAUCAGCAGUCUUCUAAUUAUGGCCCUAUGAAGAGUGGAGGAAACUUUGGAGGCAGCAGAAGUAUGGGAGGACCAUAUGGUGGAGGCAACUAUGGCCCUGGCAGUGGCAGUGGAGGGAGUGGUGGUGGAGGAUAUGGAGGAGGAAGAAAUCGCUAUUAAUUCCACAUUGUCACUUCUGGGCUUCAAUGUAUAAAUAGGAGAGGAUGAGAGCCCAGAGGUAACACAGCUGCAGGUUAUCGAGAUUACAAAGUUAAGGAGUCAUUAUCUCAGUCAUGCGUAGAACAUGCAGUGAUAUGACAGAAGACACCAGAGCAGAUACAGAGAGCCAUUUUGUGAAUGGAAUGGAUAUAUUUAAGUACAUACCUUUACAAUGGAGGAAGGACUGUAAAAUAUGCCUUUUUUGAGACAGUUUUUAGGUUUUUAAAUGUUUAUUUGUAGUGGUCAUUUGUAAAGAGUGCAACAGCAUUCCUUUUUGAUAAUGUUCAAUUUAAGUUGCAGGUAACGUGACACUUUUAUAAGAUUUAUGAACAGUCAAAGCAACUAGCCAGGAUCAUGGUGUAAUAUGAGACUUUUUUUUUUAACUUUAUUUUCAUUUUAAAUUUCAGUGUGUGUAUAGUUCAAGCUGUUGUACACUUUCAUUUAAUAAAAAAAAAAUUCGAAAGGAAAUUCUUGUGUCUUUUUAGCUGUAUGUAUUGAAUUGUCAAGGAAAGGUGUAGUACAAAGUGUUGUACAAAAUAAAAGUUUUAAGUGUUAA